AAUGAAAUCUUCUAAUACGACUUAUAUUUUAAUAUCAACCCUCAGCUCUUGAGAACUUUUUCGUCUAUCGAACAAAUCGAGACGAUUUGCCGUAAUAUUUGUCGUAUUCCUUACAGCUAACUUAAAAUAAUUUCACAUACAAAUUAACAUAUAAAACUAUUGUAUUUUAAUAUUUUAUGUAUGUUUACAUUUCAAAUACUAUCUUCAUCACCGUUUCUCUAUCGUCAAGUAUUCUAUACGAGACAUUACUAGAUGUAAUUUCGUCGUUUAAUAACGAAAAAUCAAAUUCGUCUUGACCUGAGCUUUUAUUGUCGCAUUCUGCGCUUACAGGGUUCAACAAAUUUGAAAAUAUUCCUAUUGCCAUCGACUACCUAACCUAAACUGACGCCGAAGACACAGCACGAUCCAUGAACGUGGUCUAUUUUGAGAUAAUAAAAUCUUAUUAGCCAAUUGAAAUCAAUCAUUCUACACUUCGUAAGAUUAUAAAUGAAAAGUUUAGUAACCCAUUGAACCUAUUACAUUGGCAUCAAUACUUCGAAUUCCAAAGGAAUCAAACCUAAACAAACAUGGUCACGCGCUCGAAUCACUGCGUGAAACGAACCAAUGGGUCCUCCCCAGUACGAAGGGUUAAGCUGUGGUUAAUUUAGAGAGGGUCGAUGUUUACAAAGAGUGGGGGACACCGUUUUUACUUAUCUUUGCAGUUUUUAUGCCAUCUCGGUGCAAGAAAUCGGGAUCUCGACGUAGAGUUCUAAGCGUAAGCGAUACCAAGCUGCAAGAAAGUCAGAAUGAUCACGUGAAAUGGUUCAAUUGGCGGGCUUGUCUCUGACACCGAACGUCAUUCUAAAUUAAACAAUAAUCAUGAGCAGUGAGUUGAACUUCAACGAGAAUACAAUAUCCAGCCAAAAAUGGAGAAAAUACUUCCGAUGGAUGGAGAAAGUGUCGGUGGAGCCAACGAUGUGGCUGUACAUGAUGGCAUUCAUGAUCACUUCUGUCGUGGAACAAGCUUUUUUCGUCUACAAAGCGUGUCGAGUCGAUCACGGUUAUUCAGAAGAAAUUUGCGCUAAUCUGAAGGAUAACGCGACGAUAAACACCAAAGUACAGGUAACAGUGUCAAGUUUCCAUCAAUGGAAUAACAUAGCAGGCCAUGUGGUGCCUAUAAUACUAGCUCUAUUUUUUGGGAACUGGAGCGAUCGACGUGGUCGAAAACUGCCGCUAAUUAUUGGGCUACUAGGGAAGUUCAUCUAUUCUUUUAUGGUUGUAAUCAAUUCCAUGAUGGAUACAUGGGAUUUAAAUACUAUAGUAUAUACAGCGAGUCUUCCUAUGGGCAUGUUAGGAGGAGAUGUCGCUAUUUUUGGUUCCUGUUUUGCAUAUAUAUCAGACAUAUCAUCCGUUCAGCAAAGAACUCUAAGGAUCACUAUUUUAGAUGUGGUUUAUCUCAGCACUAUGCCUACUGGUGUGGCUCUGGGCUCUUAUCUUUACUCAAAUGUUGUCAAAUCAUCCUAUACCAUAAUGUUCAGUAUAAACUCCACUUUACUAGCUUUAGCCAUUUUGUACUCACUGGUUAGACUAAAGUGGCAAACACUGCCUCAGCAACAGUCACUGGCAGGUACUAAUUUGUUAACUGACUACUUUGAUAAGAAACACGUGAUGGCAACUGUGAGGACAAUGACCAAGAACAGGCCAAAUCAUGGAAAGCUUCACCUGUGGCUUCUGCUGGUCAUCAUGAUGCUAUAUACUUUCCAAAGAGACGAGAAACCUAUGAGUUUCUUGUAUACUCAAUUGAAAUUCAAGUGGGACGUGAGAAAAUUUAGCAAUUUCAGAACAUUCCAAUCAGCUACCUUUGUGAUAGCGAUGCUAAUCGGCGUGCCAGUAAUGAGCAAACUGAUGGGAAUUAGAGAUACUGUUAUGGUAGCCAUUGGCGCUAUUGCUCAUGCUACUGGAAGAGUAAUAUUCGUCUUAGCCCAGAUACCAGAAUUAUUCUAUGUUGGUGCUGCUGUAGCUGCUCUUGGACCAAUAGUGGCACCAGUCCUGAGGUCAAUGACCUCAAAACUAGUUCCUGUGGACGAACGAGGGAAGGUAUUUGCAAUUUUAUCAGUUUGUGAUAAUGCAGUGCCUUUGUUCAGUGGCAUAUUAUAUUCCCAGCUAUAUAAUGCAACCAUAGACUCAGCACCUGGCUCAAUUUAUUGGCUGACCUUUGUCACUCAAGUGUCCAUUUUAAUUCUUAUUCUAAUAAUUCAGUUUUCUAUGAAGAAUAGAACACAUUUAGAACACAUAGAAUAUAUAGAUAAUGAAACUGACUGUUCAUCUAUACCUUCUACUAUGAGUCGAAACACAAGUAGAUGAUCUUCAAAUGAAAAUAUAUGCGAUUAAAUCUUAGACAAAUCUAAUUUUAAUUUUCUUUUUAUUUUGUAAGAUAUAUGUUUGAUUAAUAGGCUGCUGAUUUCUAAUAGAAUAUAGUCAAAGAUAUGUAGGUUACAAAGAGAUAUUUGUAAAAUAAUAGCAGAACAAAUUUUCUUAUAUUUGAUACAAACAUAUGGUGUGUACUGAUGAUCUGUAUACUAACCAUGAUCUGUAUAGUUUUUUUUAUUGUAAAUUUCCAUUUUAUAUAAAUAUCCGCCGUCUAAUGAUUAAUAUUGUAUUAUUAAACCCCUAUGAGUCACAAAUUUUGUAUAGAAUAAUUUUUUCAGAUUUCAUUGAUGCAAACCAUAAGACCUAUAUUUCAUUAGCUGUGUUUAUAAAAAUGUGAAUAUGUUUAAGUAUCUGUAGCGCAAUGAUUAAUAUUUUAUUACUAAAUAUCUAUAGUCCAUACAUCACAAAUUACAUGUAUAAAAGAAGAAAACUUUAAUUAAAUGCAAAAACUCUUAAUUCAC